GUUCGUAAGGCAAAGCGAAUCACAGCAUUCGGAACAUUCGCUGGUUUCGAACGUAAAAAUGGCGCAUAUGAUAAGAUCCAAGUUUGUCCUUAUGUCAUUGAAGUACGCUAAUCGUGUUGCGCCUCGCAUUUCCGUGCCCUUAAAAUUUCAACGAUUAUGCUUCCACACCAGCGGGAUUCUCGAUGUGAAGGGAAAAGAGUUGUUGAUGCCGUCUUUAUCACCCACCAUGGAAAGCGGCACCAUAGUAAAGUGGUUCAAAAAGGAAGGUGACCAGAUUAAUCCUGGUGAUGCUAUUGCAGAUAUCCAGACUGAUAAAGCUGUUGUCACAAUGGAAUUUGAUGAUGAAGGUGUACUAGCAAAAAUAAUUGUACCUGAGGGAACAAAAGAUAUUAAAGUAGGAACCUUAAUAGCUCUUACUGUUGAGGCUGAUGAAGACUGGAAAACAGUAGAAAUGCCAGAUGGUUCGACGCAAGUUUCUCCAGCAGCAUCAACUUGCACUGAAUCAAGUGCACCUGCCUCUGCUGAACCAAAAACAGCUGAACCACCACCAGGCCAACAAAACAUUGCUAUGCCUGCUCUGUCGCCGACUAUGACAUCGGGAACGAUUGUAAAGUGGCUAAAGCAGGAAGGUGAUGAAGUACAACCGGGUGAUGCAUUAGCAGAUAUACAAACAGAUAAAGCUGUUAUGAGCUUUGAAUUAGAGGAGGAAGGCGUACUCGCAAAAAUUCUUGUUCCAGAAGGAUCUCAGGUAGAAGUAGGACAAUUAAUAGCUGUCAUGGUUGAAAAAGGAAUGGAUUGGAAACAAGCUAUUGUCCCAGUGUCGACCAAGUCUGCAGCACUUACGGCAUCAAGUCCUACUCAACCGAGUGCACCAGCUGAUGUAAAACCAUCAUUAAGUGAGCAAAUAUAUGGUUUGGCUGUAAAAAGAUUAUUGGAAGAAUAUGGCCUGAGCUCUGAUUCCAUCAAGGGCACUGGACGUACAAAUCGUUUAUUGAAGAGUGAUGUCCUAGCAUAUAUUCAGACGCAUAACAUUAAAAAAAUUGCACCUAAAACUGCACCGGCUCCAAAAACUGCAGAAGCUCCUAGUUUGACAAAGGCAUCUGUCCCGACUGAUAAGCCGACUGCAUAUGAAGAUAUCGAAAUAUCCAAUAUUCGUGCGGUUAUUGCUAAACGACUUGGAGAAUCAAAAAGGACUAUACCACAUUCUUACGCUACUAUAGACAUAAAUAUUGACAAAUUAAUUGAGCUCCGCAAAAAAUUAAAAACGGAGAAUAUAAACGUAUCACUUAAUGACUUUAUUACUAAAGCUGUCGCUCAUGCGCUUAUCGAGUGUCCGGAUAUAAAUGUAUUGUAUCAAAAUGAACAAAUCGUUCGAGUUCCAAAGGUGGAUGUGUCUAUAGCAGUUGCGACAAAAACAGGUCUGAUUACUCCAAUAGUAUUUGACACCGCCACUAAGAGCUUAGUAGAUAUUUCUAAAAACAUUCGAGAAUUAGCAGAAAAGGCAAAAGAAGGGCGGCUUAAACCGCAAGAGUUUCAAGGAGGAACAUUUACGAUUUCAAAUUUGGGAAUGUUUGGUAUUAAGGAAUUUUCUGCCAUUAUAAAUCCUCCACAAACUGCCAUUCUUGCUGUAGGCUCGGGACGAGAAGAGCUGGACUUAUCAUUAAUGAAAGUAACGAAAAUGACAGUACAACUAUCAUAUGACAGACGGGCAAUCGAUGAAGAUCAAGCAGCAGAUUUUUUGGCUGUUCUCAAAACAAUGCUGGAAGAUCCCGCUUUUCUCGCAGCUGGCAGGAUGCAAGCACUAAGGUAUAAACGUGAUGCUUAUUAAUCGCUUUUUUUGAACCUAUCCUGUCUAAAGUGUUUAUUACAAAAACAGCGCUCAAAAGAAUUAAAUAAAUUAUGUAAUUAUGUUAACUCUGCUAAAAAAAUGUGUUGGAAAAAGUAGUUAAUUAAUCAACUCAUAUAAUAGUAUAAUGUACAUUAACAUUGGCUGUUUUUGAAAUAAACAAAAGAAUUUAAUGAUUAAUAUCAAUCCUAUCUUUCGUGCCAUACGUAUUAUUAAAGCGCAAAUUACAUACUUACAUGAAAAUAACGCUGUUUAUCGUUAUCAAAAACUUUGACCAAAGAAGAUAUAAUUUAUAUAUUUAUACUGCCAAAAUGAUAUUUUUUAAACUAAUAUUGUGGACAAUAUUAUAAAUAUUCUAUUUGUAAGUUAAUUGAUCAAACUAAGUGAAACUUUUAAAUCUGUUAAUCUGAUUUUUAAAAUAUUUUUUAUUAUUUUAACACAAUUUAUGUCAAAAAUAUUUUUAGAUUAAUCAAAUUAAUUAUUAAUUGAAUUAAUGAUUAAUUCCCAUAAAAAAUUAACUGAUGGGAAAAGACAACGUCCAUUAUUCUGUAUUUAGAAUCUUGUAAAUAAUUAGAAUACUCUUAAAUAAGUUUUCUUUUGUAAAUAUCUGCAAAUUAUUGGUUCUAUGAUGGAAAUCAUAUAAAUGUACAUCUAAUUGUGAGUCAAAGUGAAUAGCAUAUAAAUAUCUUUAU